AUGAAGUUGAUUGCCCUAAUUAUAAGUACCAUGUUUGCAAUUUUUGCAUACGCAGACACCUUCCAAUACAAAGGAUGCUACUCCAAAGAUGAUCUAGCUAGCAAGUUGGUAGCCAAGGGAGCUUACACCUACCAAUCACGUGGAUGGUGUCAAUCGCAAUGUCCAUCUGCUGCGGUAUUAGCUUUAUUGAAUGGAAGUGACUGUUUCUGUGGGGACGAUGCGAAAGUAUUGAAAGGCCUGAAGACCGUUGAAGAGGCCAAAUGUAAUAAGCCAUGUAACGGAUACCCAUUUGAAGUGUGCGGCUCUGAAAAUUACCUCUCCGUGUUAUUGAAUGAUAAAUUCAAAAACGAUGUUUAA